AAAGACUACUGUAACGUGACUAGGCUAGGGCUUGCCUUUUGGGGUUUUGGACAGUGUGUGAGUGACCAUUAAGCCCCUCGCAUACACACCUCACUCACACAAUGGGCGGUGCUGCUACGCAUCCACCACUCAGACCACGCUCCAAGAAAAACUCUUCUUCCCACCACCACCUCCACGACGGCGACCACCGCGCUGGCGUCCACUCCGAUCUUUUUCCAGUAGGCGCCUUAGUUGAAGUUCGAACACAUGAGCCAGACUUCAAGGACACAUACUUCUCCGCCACCGUGGUAUCUUUAGGUGACAAAAGCUCGGGGGAAAUCCAAGUGGAGUACCAAAAUUUGCUUGUUCCAAGAGGCGGAUCGAAGCUGCUGAGGGAGUACGUCGACGUCUCGUGCGUGAGGCCGUCGUCGCCGUUAGAGGAAGCUGUCGGGGGUUUUGGGCCUGGCGACGCCGUCGACGCGCUGUACAACGACGGCUGGUGGAUCGGUGUCGUGACGCGAGUAGUGGAGGAAGGUGCGGAGAGUAGGUACACCGUGACGUUUCAGAACCCUCCCGACGUGCGCGAGUUUAGCUUGUCUGAACUUAGGGUUCACUGGGAUUGGGUUAACGGGAGCUGGGUCAGACCCGACAGGCAGAGUAUAGCAGGGUGGAUGUUUGACAUGGAAAAAGAGGUAGAAGUGUCAUUUGACCGAGAAGAUGGCCAGGAUGCUUGGUUCCCAGCAACAAUUCACAAACAGCUGGGUGAUGGAACAUAUCUGGUAAAGUAUAAUGACGAAACUAAAGAUCUCGAGGCUCAGACUACCCAAUUAAUAGUUGAUUCCCUCCAUCUUAGGCCGCAGCCUCCACUUCUCAAGGAUACAAAUUUUGUUUUAUUGGGAAAAGUUGAUGCAUACUUUGAUUGUGGCUGGUGGAGUGGACUUAUUCGGGCAAAGCUUGAGGAUAGUAUGUAUCUUGUUACCUUUAAACAGUUGAAUAUGGAAAAGGAGUUCCAUAUGUCAAAAUUAAGACCUCAUAUGGAAUGGAAGGAUGGCAAAUGGAUCACUUCUCCACAGGAUGUCAAGAUCUCGUCUCCAGAUGGUGGAACAGAUGUACACCACACAUCCAACAAUCCUAGUACCUCUGUGCCAAAUUUUCCAGUGAACAAUUUUGGUGAUAGAGAGAAUGCUAUUGGUAAAAAAAAUUCCUCUUCGCUGACCUGUCAAGACAGUCAAGUGGAGCAAUUAACACCUAAUUUGAAGAAAACGCCUAAUGUAACACCUCGGCCAAAAAGAAUAAGGCGUUCAUAUGAUUCCCAAAAUGCCCUCUCUCAGUGCCAGAAGAAGCUCAAAGGAGGAUCUGUACUUGUAGAGAAACAACAGGAGAAACAUGAUAUAACUACUCAAGAAAUGUUGAGCGAUUCUGUUAGUCCAGUUUCAGCAAAUAAUGUGGAAAUUCCUGGUAAACAAAGUGCAACAGGGGAUCUCUCAUCUGAUAAUCCUUCAUGGGGGAAGAGAACUGUAAGUCACGCCUUCUACUCUUUGCUUGUUGUGUCUCAUUGUUCUGUGUCUAAUCAAUUGAUGAAAGUUCAUUAGUUAAAAUCACUGGUUGGUUCUCCAUUUAAUAAUCAGUCACAACACGCUGUAUAUCAGUUAACCAAAUUCAAGCGGGCAUUGCAGGUUGUCUGUGUGGGCCAUCAACAGUUAAGAUUUUACUGUAAUAAAUGAUGCACGAGUGGAAAUUCUAUACCACAUGGCUGCAUAUCAUGUUUAUUGGAAUGUAAUAUUUUAUGGAGUUAACCUUUUAGCAACGUCAGUUUGGUAGAGCAAUUGUUUACUGUUGGUGCCUUUAUUCAUAGAGUUCAUAAAUGUCAUCUGUUUGGACUUUGGACUAUGCACAAGCAUCUUACUAUGGCUUAGUCCUUUUAUGCUUAGCGGAUGAGUUUUUCAUAAAUAUUCUCAGCCAACAAAAAAUGUAUCAUUGAAAAAUGUCGUGAAACAGUGAUCUGGUUAUACUUCUCUCUCGCUCCCUCUCUCUAUCUCUCUCUCUUUUUGUUUGAUUGCAUAUGUAUUGACCAAUUGAUUUUUGCAUUUGGAUCUGGAAAAUCAUGAAGCGGAGAGGGAAAAGUCUUACACGCAAAAUCAAUUCCACACCACGUGAUGUGAAGAAUAGUGGUGCACGAACUAGCCAAGUUGAAAAUCUGCAACCUGGUGCUGAGGGAAAGAAGCCAGAUGCCCUGGAUAACACUGCAAUAGAUGCUCAAAAUGGGCAGGUUGUUGUUAUCGGUUUGCCAUGCGGGCAAAUGGUGAUCUCUGGACCGGGAAAGUCAAGGGAUAAGAGGAAACACAGUGCCAGCAGCAAGGAAAUUAUGAAGAACAAAGAGAAACAAAACUUACAUGACGCCUUUACACAGGAAACUGAGGAAAUUAAACUAAUAGAACAUGGAGAACUAAGUGAAAGGAGAAAGAGGGGGAGGCCACGAAAAAACCCAUCUGAAAGUGAUCAGACUCCAGUUGCAGAUGACUCGAACACGAAAGAUGAUGAUCAGAAUAGAAUUUCUCAAUUAGAGGCGGUUGGUACGGACAGCUCUGAGAAGAUGUCACUAGAUGGAGGAACUAGUCCGUCUGAUCUCAAAGGUAGAAAAGGAGCAGUGAAGAAAACAACCUCUGCUAGAAAGCUAGAGGAGAAGGUUGUUAAAGAGUCAAUGCAACAGAAGAAAAGUGUGUCAAAAAGAGGAAAAAGACGGAGUAUGACUUCACCCCAAGUUGAAGAUUCCGCUGAUGUCUCUGGAGGGAAAUCAGCCGAAGUUAUCCCAACACCAGGCGUAGAUAAUGAUUCUGAAGCACCCAGCAUUGAACUUGACGACCAACCACUUUCAAAGUGGAUUGGAGGGAAGAGGAUACAAUCUCCAUCUACAGUUGAUGGAUCAAGCCUAUCUCCCGUGACUGCUGCUGUUAAGCAAUUCACAGAAAGCAAGGAAAAACAGGGGGAAGAUGAUGCAGCAGUGCUGAAGGAGGCCACCGAAAAUCCCCAAGAAACCCAAAUCCAAAUUUCAACCGAGCACCAAAACCUGCCAUUUGCAAAGACCAGUUUGCUCUGGAAAACAAUCUGGUCACUAAACGCCUUCUGUAUGCUACCUCAAAACCCCCAUUUCCAGCCUCUCGAAAGCAUCAAGGAGAGCAUGCGCGAAGGCCUUGCCAUAGGCCUCAUGGUCAACUUCUCGAGUGCUGUCGAGACAACCUGCAAGCUGCAGUUUGACGACCCAAAGAGCACCAUGGAUGACAUACUCGAGACACUCGCUGAGCUGGAGUCGCAUGGGUUUGAGGUUGAGGCCAUACGGGCCCGCGUGGCGGGCCUUCUCGCUGUCAAGGAUAAAGAGGCGGAGCUCGUGGGACGGGCUAAGGAGCUCGACUGUGAGAUCUCGGGCCACCAGCUGGAGAAAGGCGAGUUGGAGAAGGAGAUCGAGGAGCUGAAAGAGCAGGCGCGGAAGCUGCAGGAGAAGCUCUCGAUGCUUGAGUCGGCUAAAGAAGGGAAGGAGAAUGAGAUUGUGUCUGCUGGGGCCCGUUUGAGGGAGGCCGAGCAGAGUCUGGAGAAUCUGAAGCUUGAAUUCGAAGGUAUAGCUUCUUCUGCUAUGGUGAUGUAGGCAAUGUGUGUGAAGUUUAGGGGUUCUAGCUAACUUUUGGGUCUUUCGUGCGUUUUGGUGAGUGUUUAUAGCCUUGUAGGUAACUGACUGCGGGGCUGUAUUUUGUGUAUUCUGUAUGUUGUCUUGUUUUUAUGUUGGUCCGUUUGCUAGACUCUUGGAUGACUAUGUAGUAUGUUAAGCACGAAUUUAAUUUAACUGAAUUCUCGUUGACUAGUGAAAUAUUAAAUUUGAAGGGUAUGAAUGAAUGGAAAUCGAUCUGAAUA